AUUCCGUCCAAUGGACGACAGACAAACAUAAAUAAUAUCGUUCAUUACAAAAAAUGCCUCCGAUUUUUUUUCUACACUUUUUAUAAAUUAUUCAAACUUGAAUAAAAUUUAACGCAAUGGAAAAUGACUAUAAAACGGCCGCAUUUCUUACAGUUUAUAAAAAUUCUUAUACUAAUACUACAUGUACUUACGACCUAAACAUUCUGUACCGCCGAAAACUGCGGUUUUUCACAAACAGGAAACGCGUUACGUGUAAAAACACGUAAACGUGCAGACAUGAAAACAACUUUUCAGAAAUCAUGUCCGUUCUUUAUUUUGACCAUAAACUAUUGUAAUAUUGCCCUGUAAAUACAUACCAUGUACAUUAUUUAUGUCCAUUUAAUUGAUGACUGGCUAUUUAUUGAGAUGCCAUACUUAGUAAAUAUAGACUAGCCACUAGACUGCUAAUAAUAUAACAUUCGGGAAAAGAUUGGCCCGUCUUACCAUAAAACUUUAUUUAGAGUAAAAAAAAAAAACUAGAUGAUUUAUAUUUUUUACAACAACGUUUGCAAAACUGUAUUAUAAUUGCAGUUGCACUAAUACUAAAAACAACAAAUGAAAAAUAAAAACAAUCAAGUGUAUCCAAAGAUAUUUUUAUUUUGUUAUGUUUAGCGUCGCACUGACACAAUUAUAGGUCAUAUGGCGACUUUGUAACUAAAGACAGUGUGCUCAUCUUUUAUUAUUAGAUAUUGUUUUAAAUUUAGAAAAUCCUCAUCAAAUUUAUUUUGAGUAAAUAUCUAAAGGAAAGUUCCGUGUAUAAGGAGUAGUCAACUAGUCACCAUAAUAAAAUUAAAUCUAGUAAAAACACAUUUUUAUAGCUGCUUUACUUAGUCAUUUUAUGUUUACUAAUGCAUUUGUUAGUGUGUAGAAUUCAAAAACUUCAACACAGUAUUGUGUAUUUACACAAACAUGUUCAUUUUAUGUUUUUACUGAAAUUUGUAAUUUUAGCAUAAUAUAUCUUUAAAGAGGACAUGUCAUUGUCUGAAUGCUAGUCUAGAGUGACUGGAAAAACUGCAGGCAUUGUGAGUCAGCAAUAUAUGAAAAGUAAACAGUUUUUCCCGUAAUUAGCUACAUCCCUUGAUUCGUGUAAAACACGUGUAAACGACGUAUUCACUAAUCAAUCACUAACAAUUAACUAGCAAUGAAAGACAAAUACAACAGAAAUAAAAAUUUCUCCAUUCCCUAUAUAAAGCCAAUGUUUUGACUGGACAAAUAUUGUUUUUAACGAACAAAAUGGACAAGACAUUGUGGGCGAUACUUGUGACCUGUACAGUUCUUUUGGGACUUGUAUAUUUUGCUGAUGGUCAAGGUAAUUUCAUAGGAGGUGGUUAUCCCAAUGGCGGUGGAUUCCCGGGUCGCCCCGGUGGUGGUGGAUUCCCAGGGUAUCCCGGUGGCGGUGGAUUCCCAGGGUAUCCCGGCGGCGGUGGAUACCCGGGGUAUCCCGGUGGUGGCGGUCACUGUCAAUGUCGCAGGUAUUGUUGGCGUGGGGAGAGGUACGCAGGUAGAUGUUACCGCCCCUGGAGAAGGCCCUUCCGUCGCCAUUUCAGACGCAGGCUCGUCAGGUGUUGUCCCAUAUACGGACCCUUUGGACGAUAAAAAAGAAGUCAGCGAAACAACGACCAGUUCAUCACCACUUGAAAUGAAAUAAUGUUGAAUAUCAGGUUUUUUAUAAUAAAGUUUGAGAGUUUUCUG